GGGGCUUCUCGGAGAAAAACAAAAAGACGCAGCUGCACCGGCCACCCCAGAGAGCCUGCAGGUGUGCAACUUUGCCAGGCGCACGCGAGCACGUCCCCCUCCAGCCAGCCGCCCCCGGCUCGGGGCUCCCGCUGCCAGCCUCGCGGCAACCUCAGCCGAGUGGGCAGCCCCGGGGGGCGCAGGGCCCAGCUGAGCACGCAGUCUUUCGACCCCACUUCGCAGGUCCCGCAGUCAGCGCCCGGCCAGUCCCCGCGGCACCUGCUGCGCCCUCCUCGCGCUUUCCCAAUCCCCAGCCUCCCAACCUCGGGAAACUACACUCUCCCUCUCCCCCUGGCGUCCCUGUCCUGGGGACGUGCGGAGGCGGGAGACGAGGGCGAUAGGAAGGGGGUGGGGACGUGAAAAGACGGUCCCAGCCUUCCUCGCCCGCCACCCCCACCCCAACUCGGCAGCCGUCACGUGGUGCCUGGAGUGGGAGGUGGGGAGAAGAGGCGAGACUUUUUUGGGUGCUCCGGCUCGCCAGUAGUUCCUCCAGUUCUCAGCCGCCAACUCCGGAGACGCCGCGCUCUGCCCGGGAGCGCCAGCGGGAGGAGCGGCGACCCGCAGCCGGGAGCCCGGGCACGGGCGAUGCUGGCGCCGCCGGCGGCGGCACCUGCAGCUCCUUUUGGCGGCGGCGGUGGCCUCGGCGGCAGGAGCGCGGGCCCAAGCAGCCUCGGCAGCCACAGCCGCUGCGGCCCGGGCAGCCUCCGCCGCGGUCGCCGCCUCUGAUGCGCCUGCCCUCUCCCGGCUCCGCGUUCCGGGAGGAUGUGGGUCCUCGGCAUCGCAGCAACUUUUUGCGGAUUGUUCUUGCUUCAAGGCUUUGCGCUGCAAAUCCAGUGUUAUCAGUGUGAAGAAUUCCAGCUGAACAACGACUGCUCCUCCCCCGAGUUCAUCGUGAAUUGCACGGUCAAUGUUCAAGACAUGUGUCAGAAAGAAGUGAUGGAGCAAAGUGCAGGCUGCUUGGUUAUAUAUACUCGUAAGGACUUGACAGAAUGGAGCCAGAAUUUAAGUUCAAAUCCCAGCUCCUCUAUUUUCCAGGAGUGUGACCUUGGGCAUCAUGUACCGCAAGUCGUGUGCAUCAUCGGCAGCCUGCCUCAUCGCCUCGGCCGGGUACCAAUCCUUCUGCUCCCCUGGGAAACUGAACUCAGUGUGCAUCAGCUGCUGUAACACCCCUCUUUGCAACGGGCCCC